AUACCAAGCAAUAAGCACUAGUAUACUCUCAAGUCUCAUUUAUCUAUCAUUUAAAAAAUUCCCACCAUUUCCAAACAACACUUAAGAAAAACCCAAGAAAUGAAAAACAUCAUGCAACAAUCUAUCAUUUCCUCCUCAUUCCUUCUUCUAGCAAUUACUUUCUACACCAGCACCACUUUAGCACAACUCUCACCAAUUCAACCUCCAACAACAUCAUCUUCAUCGCCGCCAUUACCAGCAGUAGCAUCACCACCAUUACCAACAACAGCCACAGCACCAUCACCAGGACUAAACACAGUUCCACUUGUACCAACAACACCAACCGGUGCUCCAUCACCCACCAUCAUCCCAAAAGGACCCACCAUUGACAUACUCAACAUUCUUCAAAAAGCCAAAAGAUUUUCCGUUCUAAUCCGUCUUCUCAAGACAACACAAUUAAUCAACCAACUCAAUUCACAGCUAGUAUCAUCACCAUCAGGCUCAGGAGGAUUAACCAUUUUUGCACCAGAAGACAGUGCAUUCUCAAAACUCAAAGCCGGUUUCCUCAAUUCUCUCAAUGAUAGACAAAAAGUUGAACUCUUACAGUUUCACUCUCUCGCUUCCUUCAUUGCAAUCUCAAACUUCGAUACCUUAACCAACCCUGUGCAAACACAAGCCGGUGAUGAUGCUAGGCUUCAACUUAACGUCACUACUUACGGUGGAAACCAAGUUAGUAUGGCUACCGGAGCCGUCAAUGCUAGUGUUACCGGCACUGUUUAUACUGAUAGCAAACUUGCUAUUUAUCAAGUUGAUAAGGUGCUUCUUCCUCUUGAUCUUGUUCUUCCUGCUAAGGCUCCGGCUCUAGCUCCUGCUCCCGGACUUGCUAAGGGUUUGCCUAAGGCUGGAAAAACUAACUCUUCGGCUUUAGAUGAUGGUAGUGGUGCUGGUAGUGAUGAUGGUGAUACAAAGGAUUUACCUGCAGAAGCUUCUGGUGCAGUGUCUUCGACGAUGUGGGUGAAUGUUGCUGUUGGAAUCGGUUUGGCUGCCGGAGUUUUCCUAUAAGGCGGGUUAUAUGGAUGGGUUCAAUGUUUUGUUUUUAAGGUUUUGUUUUGUGUGAGUGAUUCUGUUUUCAUUUGAGGUUCUUUUACUAUUUAUUCUUAUUUUUUAGUAACUUUGUAUUUGUGUUUGUUUCAUGGAAUAUUGGAGUUCAAUUUAUACAAGAGGGGCUUAGGCCCUGUAAAUAAUUUUUC